UGGAGCAGGCGGAAGGAGCGGCGCGGCGGGGCGGGGGGCUCCGCCGGCAGCGCCGCCGCCGGCCCCGGCCCCGCGUCCCGCGGCGGGCGGCCGAGCCAUGAGCGCGGCCCGCGCCGCCGGCCCCGCGCCGCCGGCCGGCCCUCAGCAGCCCGCGGAGCCGCAGCGCUGCGCCGCCCCGGCGGGCUCGCCCGGCCUGCCCUGAGCCGCGCCGCCGCCGCCGAGGUUUGUGACCGAAGGGCCUGGGAGCUCCCUGCACUGGUGCUGUGGGAAGCGUUAGCCAAGCCAAUGCACCCUGACAACAAACUGCCCAGCCAUGGCAAGGCAGGCAGCAGCGGUGCCCCGGCCCAGCACCACAACGUGAACCAAGCGCCCACCUGCAAUCUGGGCCCUAAGGGCGUGGGGGUGGGCAGCCAUGGCAGCAAGGCCACCCAGAUCUCCCCUGGCAACUCUGGACUGAAAAGCAGCCAGAACGCUGUCCCAAACUUCAGCUCCUUGAAAGGCAAGGUGAAACGGGAACGGAGCAUCUCGGUGGACUCUGGAGAACAGCGAGAAAGCAGCACACCUUCACAGGACGCAGAAUCAAAAGGUGAGGUGGCUCCUCGCAGCAAGCGGCGGUGCGUGCUGGAGAGGAAGCAGCCAUACAGCGGGGACGAAUGGUGCUCUGGGCCAGACAGCGAGGAAGACGACAAGCCCAUCAGCAGUGCACACAGUUGUAAUGUAGCAGAUCCUGCAAUGUCCACGGCCUCGCAGCUUGGCCCAGGGUCCAACCCGCUGCCCAGCCUGAGCGAGAGCAGUUCUUCCAGCGUGCCCCAUGGUGCGGCUCCCAGCUUGCGGCCGGACGCUGCGGGAGGCGGAGGGACGGGAAAGCCACCUUCGCAGUUUGUUUACGUCUUUACAACGCACCUCGCUAACACGGCUGCAGAAGCUGUCCUGCAAGGCCGAGCUGACUCCAUUCUGGCCUACCAUCAGCAGAAUGUCCCACGGGCAAAGCUAGACCAGGCACCAGCUCCUAAAGUGCUGGGGGUUGCCGAGCCGCUUCCAGUUAACCCUCCGGCUGCCAACACUCCACAGUCCCAGCCACCGGCACCUCCAGUGAGUCAGCCACCGCCGCAGCCGCCCCCUCCGCAGCCUCCGCCUCAGACCAUCAGUCAAACCCCCCUGCCUGCAGCCAGCAGCCUGCCCCAGGAGGGGACAAGUGAAGAUGUCCGGAGAGAUCUGACUCCCAACUCUUUGGGGAACAACAGUGGCAGCAACCAGGCUGGAAGUAACCACCCAAAUACGCCCACCGCGUCCACCAACACCAUGCAGCCGGGGCAGGUGGACUCCUCCGCCACAUCCAGCUCCAGCCUCCUCGGGGAGGGCCCAGCUCCAGGGCUGCCGGGGAAUGGGCAGGCGGGCCUGGGCCCCAGGAACCCCCUGAACUCAGAAGGGCUCUCCAAGGAGCAGCUGGAGCACCGGGAGCGCUCGCUGCAGACCCUGCGGGACAUUGAGCGCCUGCUGCUGCGCAGCGGGGAGGCCGAGCCCUUCAUGAAGCCCGGCCAAAAUGCGGGUGAGGGCGGGACAGCCCCUCUGCCACAGGCAGCCCCUGCCCAGUCUGCUGCACCCCCCGCCAGCAUGAAGAAGUACGAAGAGCCUCUGCAGUCCAUGAUCUCCCAGACCCAGAGCCUCGGUGGGCCCAGCCUGGAGCAUGAGGUGCCCCACCACCCAGGCGCUGACAUGGGGCAGCAGAUGAACAUGAUGAUGCAGCGACUGAACCAGGACAGCCUGACACCAGAGCAAGUGGCCUGGCGGAAGCUGCAGGAAGAGUAUUACGAGGAGAAGCGGCGGAAAGAGGAGCAGAUCAGCAUCCACGGCCGGCCCAUGCAGGAGAUCAUGAUCCCGCAGUCCAUGGGGAGCAUGAUGAUGCGUGGGCCCCCCCCGCCCUACCACAGCAAGCCUGGGGAGCAGUGGCCGCCGGGGAUGGGCAGCCAGCUGCGGGGACCCAUGGAUGUGCAGGACCCCAUGCAGUUGCGGGGAGGGCCGCCGUUCCCGGGGCCGCGGUUCCCUGGGAAUCAAAUGCAGAGAGUCUCUGGCUUCGGCGGGAUGCAGAACAUGCCCUUGGAUGCCCUUGGGCCCAUGAAUGCCAUGCAGAGGCCGGUCAGGCCUGGCAUGGGGUGGAGCGAUGAUCUGCCUCCUAUGGGAGGCCCUGGGAACUUCCCGCAAGGCAGCCUGCCCUACCCGUCAGGGCAAGGGGACCCCGAAAGGUUCAUGAAUCCCCGUGCCAGGGAGGAGAUCCUGCGGCACCAGCUGAUGGAGAAGCGCCAGGUGGCGAUGCAAAGGCCCAUGGGGAUGUCCGGCAACUCCAUGGGCCAGGGCAUGGAAAUGGAGAGGAUGAUACAGGCUCACAGGCAGAUGGAUCCAUCCAUGUUUGCUGGGCAGAUAACGGGGGACAGCCUGAGCGGUGCCCCCAUGGGAAUGGAUUUUGCAGGCACUCGGGGAAUGCUGAGCCCCCCUAUGAGUCAGUCGGGUCUUCGGGACAUGGACGCACCCAUGGGCCCUGGCAACCUCAACAUGAACAUGAAUGUCAACAUGAACAUGAACAUGAACCUCAAUGUCCAGAUGACCCCGCAGCAGCAGAUGAUGAUGUCGCAGAAGAUGAGGGGCCCUGACAUUAUGGCCCAUCAGGGCAUGAGCCCCGAGGAGCUGGCCAGGGCGAGGGCUCAGAACGGCAACGGCAGUGCAAUGCUGGGGGGACCGCAGAAAAUGAUGAUGCCCUCCCAGUUCCCCAACCAAGGACAGCACGGUUUCUCUGGUGGGCAAGGGCCUUACCCCAACAUGCCCCAGGAGAUGGGCAGUGGCUCAGACAUGUUCAGCCCUGAGCAGGGCACCAUGCCUGUCGGGAGCAUCGGUGGCACCACCAGGCUCAGCCACAUCCCUCUGCCUCCAGCCUCCAAUCCCACCCCUGCGCAGGGGGGCAACCUGGCCAACAUGCACCCGGCGCCUUCCCGGGGGCUGGGCCGCCGGCCCUCCGACCUCACCAUCAACAUCAGCCAGAUGAACUCCCCUAGCAUGGGUCACCUCAAGUCUCCGACCCUCAGCCAGGUGCACUCGCCACUGGUCACCUCCCCUUCUGCCAACCUCAAGUCCCCGCAGACGCCCUCGCAGAUGGUCAGCAUGCCACCUUCCAACCAGUCCGGGCCCCUCAAGUCCCCACAGGUGAUGAGCUCCUCGCUUAAUGUCCGGUCUCCAACUGGCUCACCAAGCCGCCUCAAGUCCCCUUCUAUGGCUGUUCCUUCCCCUGGUUGGGUGCCGUCUCCCAAAGCCACCAUGCCCAGCCCGGGAGUCAACCAGAGCAAGCAGACGCUCGGCAUGAACUCCUCGGCUUCCAUGGGAGGACUGGAUCAGGGUUCUCUCCCUCCUGGGCCUCGGAGCAGCAGUUCCGCACCUGCCAGUAACACCUCCAGCACCAUGAAUCCCAACAUGCCUUUUACUUCCUCUCCAGAUCCAUCCCCCUCACAGAACCCCCUCUCGCUGAUGAUGUCCCAGAUGUCCAAGUACGCCAUGCCCAGCUCCACACCGCUCUACCACAAUGCCAUCAAAACUAUCGCCACCUCUGAUGACGAGCUGCUGCCAGACAGGCCGAUGCUCCCACCUGGAAGCAUGUCAGGUGUGACGGGGAAUCAGCCGAAUCAACUGCACUUGAACUCUGUGGGGCCCGGAUCCUCCCAGAGCCCCAUGGGAAUGAACAUGCCCGGUCAGCAGCCCCUCUCCCACGAACCGCCCCCAACCUCCAUGAUGUCCUCCCCAAACCCGCUGGGCUCCAACAUUCCUAUGCACCCAAGCGCGCCGGGGGCAGGCGUACCCCCCCCGAACCCCAUGAUGCUGCCCCCGGGGCCCCAGGACUCAUUGAACCAGCAGUGUGGCCCUGUACCCAACAGCUCGCAGAUGAUUCCUUCCAACCAGCUGGUGUUCCCCCGCAUGCAGCAGCCCCACAACACCAUGCCGUCCCCCGCCGGCGGCAUGCCCAUGGCCCCUGGCGCGGGAGGUGGCCCUGGUAUGCAGCAGCACUACCCACCAGGGAUGCCCAUGCCGCCCGAGGACCUUCCCUCCCAGCAGCCCAGCCAGAUGCCCCCCCAGCAGCACCUGAUGGGCAAGAACAUCGCCCCGCGGAUCGGCGAGCCCUACCCGCCCGUGCUUCCUGGCGUGGCGUCUGUGCUGAACGACCCCGAGCUCAGCGAGGUGAUCCGCCCCACGCCCACAGGGAUCCCUGAGUUCGACCUGUCCAGGAUCAUCCCCUCCGAGAAGCCGAGCAGCACCUUGCAGUAUUUCCCCAAGAGUGACAGCCAAGCGCCCAAAUCGCAGCCUUCCAACCUCCACCUCAUGAACCUGCAGAACAUGAUGGCUGAGCAGCCCCCGGUGCGGCCAGGUAUGAACGUCCCUGGGCAGCAGGGCGUGCAGCGGGGACUCGGCGUGCCCAUGUGCCACCCCGGACAGGUGCCCAUGCUGGGCAGGACAGGCAUGCCGCCCCAGCAAGGCAUGAUGGGCAACAGCAUGCACCAGGGCAUGAUGUCCCCGCAGCAGAGCCUGAUGGCCCAGCAGAACUUCAUGCUGAUGCAGGCCAAGCAGAGGAGCAUGUCCGUGUCGGGGGACAUGUAUGCUCAGACAGGACACAUGAUGUCACCUCAGGGCUCUCUCAUGGGGCCCCCGCCUCAGCAGAACCUCAUGGUCACACACCAGAUGAGGCAGAGGAGCGUCUCCCUGGACAGCCAGAUGAGUUACAUCCCUGGGCCCGGGAACAUGGCGAACCUGCCUUUCUAACCCCGUCUGCCGCUCGGGGCCGGCGGGACCCCGCUGGCUCUACAGACCUUUUUAAACCUUUCGCCGGGGAGGGCUGGGGGCCAGCGCCGGUGGAGUGUGCCACGUGGGAUGCUUUCGUGUCGGAUUCGCCUCUACACAGAAAACCAGAUGUGCAGUAAACUUGAUGUGAAUUGGGUUUCUUUUUCCUUUCUGUUUUGGGGAAGGGGAGGGCUGAGGGGCUGGGAGUGGGGCUGUUACUUUGAACCCUGCGUGGUGAUCAGGGACAUCCAGACCCUGCCGCAGUUUGUAAAGUUUUCAUUUACGGUUUUCCUCUGUCAAGUGCUUUUCUUUCCCUUUUUUCCUCUCUUCUUUCCUUUUUCUCUUUCUUUUUUCUUUCUUUUUUUUUUUUUUUUUUUUUUUCGUUUUUAAGCAACCAAAAUGUGCAAGAGGGUCUUUGGAAAUAGCUGUAAAUAGGUCGCUGGGAAAGGCAAAACUUGUGCUGGUUUUUAAUUGUUCUGUAUUUCUGUGUUUUAAUAGAAGCCUCAAAACAUGUUUUAAAAAAAAAAAAAAGACAGAAACAAAAAAACAUGCUAAAGGCAACAUGUACAAGGAUUGAAAACUCCGUGGGGGAGGCAGGAGCAUCCCCCAGGGUGCACAGGGCAUUGAGCGAUCCCAUUGUGGAGUGACUCUGUGUCAGACCUGUGUUGUUCACACAUCUGAACGGUUUGCGUGUGCGGAGUGCGUAGUUCCGCGCAGACCUCGGGCCCUGCGAGGCUGUGCCGGGUAGACGGACACGACUGACGACGGAGGGCUGUGGAGAGGUCAGAGCUGCAGCCCCGGCGGAACGCUGCGUGGGGACCGAUGGGCUCCGAGGUGAGGCGAUGCGUUCCUGUGCUUCCAGGAGGGGUAGCUGGGAUCCUUGCUCUUUGCAGCCUGCCUGCCCCAGUGGUUUACUUGGCUGUCGUCCCCUGCAGCUGUGCUGUGGCCCCUCUACCUCUGCCGUUGCGCGCUCUCCCAGGUCUUCCUCACGCUUGUCAGUUCUCCUUCUCUAGAGUUGCGCAGGAGAUCUUUGCUCCAUCUCGCCCUGAGCUGCUGGCAGCAUCCCACCAUAGAGGUCCAGCUGUUGGAGACGACCUAUUUCUGUGUGUGAUCUCCACCUUGGUGUAAGAGUUGUCUUGUCUGGUGUCGGCGGUGUGGCUGUCCCACGCCUUGGACGAAAGAGGCCCAGGUUGUGUGGCAGCUGCUCGCUCCUCCGGCUUUUCUGGAUGCACUCCACCCUCCCCGUCCCGCUCUCCGUAAGGUCUUCCCACGCAUGGCAGUGGUGACCUUGUCCUGUGUUUGUUCACGGAGGGGGCUGUGGGUGAGGCGCUUGCACUUCCGCACACACCGCGGCAGCUCUGGAGCUCCAUGGGGACCGGGUUCCGGCACGGCGUACCCCGUGCGUGUCCAGUGGUGACCUCGGGGCACGUGAUUGCCCGAGGACCACCGGCUGGAGGGUUAUCUCUGCAGAGCCACACUUAGCAACUACCUCUCUUGUAACAGAGCUCACCUUUCCCUACCACUGCUGCAGGGAGGAGAGGGCUUUCAGAAAAGGGAGAUUGUCAAGUGGCAAGUGAGCAGCAGCUCUUUUUAUCAUGUUGCGAGCUGUUCAGAAAGGCUGGCGGGUGCUUGAUCUUUUCCAUGAGAAGAGGGAACCACAAAGUCCAGUUAGGAAUACCUUAAAGCCUUGAGGCAUUUUGUAGCGAGCAGUCCUGAGUAGGAAGCGCCGGUCUGGGUUCGAGGAAGGAUUUCGCCCUGGUCUCCUGCUUUGCAUGGUUUUGUUGUAUAUGAUAUGAGCAAGCAGCAUUUUUGGAGGUGGAACAAUCCCUGGAAGUGCUCAUCCCUCCCCUGGCAGUGGGAGCAGAAGAAUAAUCUUUAGGCCUGACCAACCAAGUGUGGUCUGGACCUGAUGUGUUAGCUGCUGGGAUUCUCCAUCCUUUCGGAGCGUGCAUUUCAUGUGGGAGGAUGUGGCUCCAACAGAUUUAGCUUUUUCUAAGCUUAAUUCGCCUGAAAGGCUGUGGCUUCUCUUGGCUGCACUUCAGGUGUUGGCUCCUGCUAGUUUCACGUAAACAUCCAAAUACCGAUGGCAGCCACAAACCUUGCUCACCACCCACCAGCUAGUCUCGGUUAAUUUGAAGCCAUAAUAUUUUCUAUAUGGAAGAUCUUUGUCUGUAGACAGCUGUUGUUUCAGCCCGGUGGAGAUCUCCACGUGUCGUACCUUCCCUGUUGUCCCUUUCGUUGCCUGGGGCUGGUGGCCCCACCCUGUGGGCAGCGGUUUGUCCCCGUGUCCGCCCGCAGGCCGCGGUGACAGGGACCUCGGUGCUGCCCGCGUGCAGACAGGGCAGCGCGACGCCAGUUCUGCCUGGCGGAGGGAGACCUGUCCUUCAGUGACAGAUGGGUAAGAAGCAAAGCUUUUGACUCAGCAGCCCCGGGUGCAAAAAGGAAAUCCUGACACUUGGUCAGAGCCAGGGGCCGUAGAGCAGCGACUGGCCGACCAGCCAGUCCUUGUUAGACCUGGGUUUGCCGACAGCCGGUUCCCGCUGCCGUGAGCUGUGUCUAGUCUCGUGUCUUGUAGUUUAUUGCUCGGCUCCUCCGCUUGAGUUCUGUGUCCUGGCUCCACCUAAUCACAGUGAAAGGUUUGCCCAUGUUUUAGCCAUGACUUCGCUGUGUUUUUCCAGCUCCAAAAAAAGUGGACGCUGGGAAACCUCAUCUUUCAGUAUGUCAGAUAAUCACGCACCUGGAAUUAGCUUUCACAUUGAGGUAAUGGUGACUGACCUGUUCUCUGUCAUCCCAUGGAGAAACUUCCCCAGUCAUUUUGUACCAUUAUAUAAAUAUAUAUAUAAAUAUAAAUAUAUAAAUACAAUAUGUGAAGACAUCUUAUUGGUUUUUAUUUGAAACAAUUUUUAGGCUUGUUUUUGGGUAUCUGUGCUGCCUGUAAUGUAUUGACCUGUUUUAUAGGUGCCUUUUUAUUAAAAAGACAAAUUUCAAAACCUG